AUGAAGUGCUCUGGCUUCCUGGCUUUCCUCGUACUGACGUCCUGCCUCUUCCUUUCUGCACAUGCAGCUUCAUCUGAGGAAGGUGAGGUGGUGAUGCGCGCGGCGGUCAUGCCGAGCCUCGAUGCACGUGACAUGAAGAGCCUUGCUGCGCAGGCCAACAAGACGAUCUGUGGUGCCCGCCUGGGUUGCAGCAACUGCACCGACGACGACUCGUGCGUGUGGUGCGAGAGCGACAACCUCUGCAAGAACGGCACCUGGUACGGUCCCGAUGGCGAAAUCAUCAAGGGCUGCAGCGACUGGAGGUGGAAGCAGUGCAAGGUGAAUGGUAAGGCCGUGUUCUGGUCGGCCGUGGGUAUCGCUGCGCUCAUUGUGCUCCUCGUCCUUGUUGGCGGAGCGUGCUGCUGCUAUUGCUGCUGCUGCCGGCGCAAGACCUACCAGCGGUACUACGACGUCGAAGAUCUCCGUGCCAAGGAAAGGGAGGAGAGGAGGCGAGAAGGUGAGGCCAGGCGCAACGCCAUGUACGAUAAGUAUGGCACUCCAGAGGAGAGGGCUCGGAUGCAACUGGACGAGUACAACAGAAAGUCCUACUACUCGCCCGUCACGGGCCAG